CCAAAUAGGAUUUUAAAAUCAGGACAUGUCCUGCUAAAUCAGGACGGAUGGUAUCCCUAUACACAACAGCAAUGAGAUUUAGCUGUUUGGGGAUGGAUUCUUACGAACGCCUUAUUACCACUGUGGUAUAUAAUACUCAAGAAGGCACGGUAACUUUCUGAAAAAAAACAUUUGUUUUUGUACCGUUCAUCAGAAUGCUACUGCAUCAGCAGUCACUAAAUAUCACUUAGAACAUCAAAUUAUAGGGAAAACUUUAAAGAAAUUCCUUGGAAUCUUAUCUGAAAAGCAAUCAAUAAUUACAAUUAAUUUAUAAUUUGUUUGCCCCGUUUACCCGAAUUAACAAAAAAAAAGGUAAAAUGACCACUUUUGGGACGCCGGCACAGAGAACAGACAUUGAUGAUUAUAUAAAAAAUUGAAAAUGGUGUGUGCAAUUUGUAAUCAAAAUACGUUAAAACAUUAACGACAUCUGUCUUGUGGUGCCAAAAUUGCACUGCAUAAAAAUUGCCGUAUCAAUAUUUUAUCAAUAUUAGUGCUUGGUUUGUUUCGACGCGAGUGCCACAUACCAGGAACAUUACCUUUUGCCAUUACCAUUACCGGUUAAACGACGGUUGCAAGUUUUUACUUAUCCUUUGAAAAUAAGAUGAACGUCUGUUUACUGUGUUUGUACGCUUUCCACUUUACUUUGAAUGUUCACUUGAAUAUUUUAGAUAAUAAUACCAGAUAAAAUCUAGGGUAAAAUCGUAAAAAAUAACAUAUAUCAAAACAACAAAAACAUGUUGUUCAGCAACACUGCCAAAAUCAAAACAGUAAGCUUGAUGGUAAAUUAGGUUGUUCAGCUAUUCACGAAUUUCUAACUUCAUAUUUUCAGCAAAAAUAGAAAAUAGCUACAAAAAAUAAAAUUUUCGUCAUAUCGCGUGGAAUCACUCAUAUACACGAGUGUCGGUAUAUCUGGCAUCCCUGGCCAUACUGAAAGUUGUUUUGUUAGCUAUCAGACACGAAAAUUAGAUGGUAAACAGAUCUUGAUUGUUUUACUCGUGUUACUAUAGUUAUUUUAUAAUAUUCAGUGUAAUUCUAUGUUGAGUGUUGUAGAAGAAGCAUAAACGAUAGCCAUAGAUAUCAUACAGUAAAUUAAAUAAAUAUCGCUUGGGAGGUUCGCAAUGCCACCGCGAUACCUGAGGCAUUUGAAUGUCCUUUUAGUUUUCAUAUUUUUGAAUCAUGUACACUCUCAGCGUAUUAAGGACGACAUGUACACUUCGAUCAGUGGAGCACAUUGUUUUCGCCGAUUGAAUGGAACUCAUGUAACGGGUUGUAGCUCGAAACUGGGAGGUUCGGUUGGUGUUUUACAUUUUGUGCGUUCGUCAGCGGAUAUUGAUUUUGUAGUUGAGCAGCAUCCGGCUCCACCAUAUGCACCGGUUAUAUCUCCGCAUUUGUUUACGAGAGAAAACAUAUUGCGAUUGCGUGAUCAUGGAGGCGAACAUAUAUCGGCGGUGAUACUUAUUAAUAAUGCGACUCUGUUGGAUCAUUACAGUCAGGAAUCACCAUGUCCUAAUCAGUUUAGUGGGUUGAUUGCUUCGCAGAUGGGCAGUGAAACUUGUAGCAUCGAUCAGCCACAGAAAAGUUGGAAUCCUUGGGGGACAGGAUUGCUUUUGGAAGAUUUUCCUUUUCCCAUUUAUUAUGUCGCGGAUCCGGACGAGAUUGCUAAGUUGUACGAUUGUUUUGAAAAGUACAACAAUCACGAUCUGAAUAACCAACAUAGUAGAAGUUUAUGCAGUAUUCAAGUGAAUGCCUUCAUGUCAGCUGCUGUGGAUUCUCGUGUUUGCUUGGCGAGAUCAACGUUCUUCAACUCGUUGAAUCCGGUGAAAUUUUGUGAUCCGCUACAAGGAAAAAAUGUUUUUGCUACGCUGUUUCCUCGAGUUCAGGUGAAUCCAGAAGACCGAAAAAUUGAUUUGACGGAAAGAAUCGUUCUGCUGUCUACCAGAAUGGAUACAACAACAAUGUUUGACGGAAUCGGUCUAGGGGCAAUGGACUCUUUGGUAUCUUUCUCGGUUCUGAUGGCAAUCGCACAUUUUCUGGCAAAAGCCUACCCGCAGCGGAUUAGUUCAAGCGGACCGAACGUUUUGUUCGUUUUCUUCAAUGGAGAAUCGUACGAUUAUAUCGGUUCCCAAAGAUUUGUGUAUGACCUACAAAAAGGAGCCUUCCCAACCAAAGGUGGAUUGUCGAAUCCUAUUUCAAUGGAUAAUAUCGAUCUAAUGAUUGAUUUGGGAUCGAUGGAUAAUCUCAAUGAUCUCAAGUUAUAUCACGCUUCGCAAUUAUCGGCAGUUCCUCAUAUAGUUCAAGCUAUUGAACGCAUAAACCUAUCCUUCGGCUUUAACAUAAAAAUGGAUAGCCCCAUAUUGACGACAAAUCUACCCCCUAUGUCAUCGCAUUCAUUUCUUCGAGAGAAUAGUUCUUUUCCUGCGAUAAUGUUUACAUCAGUACCAGGAAAUCGUUUUUAUCAUUCGAUAUACGACGACAACGAAAAUUUAAAGUUUGUCUACGGAAACCAUUCGAAGGAAAUUGAUUUCACACAGCUAGAAGAUCUGUCGAAGCCAAAUGUAUAUUUUCCCGAAGAUUCACUACAGAUUCGGAUUCGAAAUGUAUCUUCUUUGCUAGGAAUGAUGAUCUUAGAGUUAAUAUCUGGAAACCCUUACACCGCACGUUUGGGUACCAACAGUAUUCUCAUUGAUGAGUUUUUGUACUGUUUUCUGCAUUCGGCCAAUUGUCCAUUAUUUCACGCAGCAGCGAAACCGGAUUCACCUAAAGCGUUUCCAGUACCACCGACACGUUACAUCAGCGUUCACUCUACACUUCCUUCAGAGGCUUCUGGUUGGACACAUCGAUUGUUAGGUCUUCUGGUCGGCCAAAAGGUGGAUAACAAUACCAAGACCGAUUGCCAAGCGCUGCAUUUGCCCUACAAUUGGUACGCAGGUUACUCAGGAGAAGGGGAAUGUCGUUUGACUACUCAAAACUUCAGUCAGGCAAUGUCGCCGGCGUUUUUGAAUGAUAGCUAUGAUUUCGCAUCCGGCCAGUACUCCACAUGGACCGAAUCAACGUGGCGUGAGAUGUCAGCACGAAUAUUCCUUCGACCGUCAGCAUCACACGAGACGCUCACGCUAUCUGUCGGCUUUGUCGUAUUGGUGCUUUCGUUUGUGUUGGUAUUUUUCGUGAACAGCCGCUCGGAAGUGCUGUUCAAUCAAAGUGCAUCGACGAUUCCUAUUGCUUCACCGACACAGUGUUGAAUGCCCGCCAUUGAGCAAACUAAAUGAGGAAGCAAUUUUCUGUGAGAUGUAUCUAUUUAUUAAAACCGCUGUGUAAUGUAAAUCAAUUAAUAAUUUUGUUUUCCGCUAAAUUUUAAUUUUGUCACCAAUAUUACAGGAGUAGAAAUAUAAAAUUAAUAAGCUGACUACUUCAAA